GAGUGGAGUUCAUCAUUCGAAUUCGAAUUUGCGCCAUUUGUAAAGGUUCUGUUCUGAGGCCCCAACAACCAAACCGACACAAAUUUCCUUGUACACCCAGUCUUUUAUGACUGAGAAAGGAAAAUGUCCAACCGAAGAAGAAGCCGGGGGAAAACUCAAACAAGUGAGGAUGACAUAACAUCUCCUGAGAGUGGACGCCAACCUCAGCCUCCUAAAAAGAGAAGCAAAGGAGCACCUGCUGAGGAAGAAUCUUCUUCAGAUGAAACGUCACCUGCAAGACGAUCUCCUCCGAAGAAAGCAAAACCAGCUCGAGUUAGCAAGGAUGGCGAGAAACCUGGAAAGUCUCCGUCUAAGAACUCUAUAACACCAACUAAAGAGCAGACUCCUCAACAAGAUGAAGAAAUGGAAGUUGAAAGAAGAGGGAAUUUUGAUGAUGACGAAAUCUAUUCAGAUGAAGAAGGAGGACUUCGUAUUGGGGACAUUUACAUCCCUCCUCCUCCCCCUGCCACAACUGGUACUGAUUUGAAUGGUCCACGUCUGAUCAUCACUCAUAUUGAAAAUGAAAACUUCAAAAGUUAUGCUGGAAAGACUGUAUUGGGACCUUUCCACAAAUGCUUCACAUCUAUUGUUGGCCCAAAUGGUUCUGGAAAAAGCAAUGUCAUAGAUUCAAUGCUUUUUGUAUUUGGAUAUCGAGCCAAUAAAAUUCGUUCUAAGAAGAUCUCAGUUCUACUCCACAACUCUGACGAGCAUAAAAAUGUGCAGAGUUGCACAGUUGCUGUGCACUUCAAGAUGAUUAUUGAUAAGCCUGGAGAUGAGUAUGAGGAAGUUCCUGGCUCAGACUUGGUGAUUGCACGUACAGCUUUCCGAGACAAUUCCUCUUUCUACACAUUGAAUGGUAAAAGGGUCCAAUUCAAAGAAGUUGCCAAACUUCUUAGAGGUCAUGGUAUUGACUUGGAUCAUAAUAGAUUUCUUAUCCUUCAGGGUGAAGUAGAGCAAAUUGCCCUCAUGAAGCCCAAAGGACAAACAGAACAUGAUACAGGUAUGCUUGAAUUCCUAGAGGAUAUCAUAGGCACCUCUCGUUUCAAGGAACCCAUAGAUAAACUGAAUGCUCUUGUUGAAACUUUGAGUGAGGAUAGAACGGAGAAACUCAAUAGAGUUAAAAUGGUAGAAAAAGAAAAAGAAGCUCUAGAAGGUCCAAAGGAAGAAUCAGUGAAAGCUUUGAAGCAAGAAAAUCAGUAUUCACAAGUUAUGCAUUUACAUUGUCAGAAGUAUAUACGAAAUUUGGAGGUAGAGCUGGAGAUAAGUGAGGGGAAAAAGAAGGAAUUGGAUGAAGUUAUGAGCAAAAUCAAUGAGGAAUUGAAAGUUAUACAAGAUGAACUCAAUGAGAAGGAGAAGGCCCAGAAGACUGAAACAAAACAGAUUCAGAAAAUGGAGGCUCAGAAGACUGCUCUGAGUGAGCAGUUUGACAAGAUCAAUAAUCAAGAUGUCCAAUUAGGAGCUUUCAUCCAGCAAACAAACAAGAAACGAAAGAAAACUCAAGAUCAGCUAGAGAAAGAGAAGGAAACGCUGGAAGAUUUGGAAAGGCUCCCUGAAAAAAAUGAAAAGGAAAUUGAGGAACUUAAGGCUUUGGAACCAAAAUUAAUCAAACAGCAAGAAAAAGAGCAGAAAGAAGUGGAAGCUGUGAUGGCUACUAUAGCUGUUGAAGCCAAGUCACUGACUGAGAAAAAAGAUAAAUUACAAAAUCAACUUGUUGGUUUAACUGAGGCUUCCGAUGAGCAGAGGUCUAAAUUGGAUAUUUCAAAGAAAGAGUUAGAUUUGUAUCUUAUGAAUGAAACUAAUGCCAAGAAGAGAUAUGAAGAUCUCAAGACUUCUUACGACACCCAAAAGGCAAAAAUCACAGAAUGUGAAAGAGCUGUAGGUGAAUUGCCUCCUAGGAUUGAAAAAAUGGAAAGAGAGGUAAAAUCAAUGAGAAAUGAUCUUGCCAAGACCAAUAGUGAAGUAGGAAAAGCUUCUGAAGAACUUCGUGAGAAAAGGACAGCUUUUGAGGGUGUUAAAUCAGACCGGAGUGCCAAGAUUUCCCACAAUGCUUGUCUCAAUUACCUUAUGGAUUUAAAGCGCAAUGGCACUAUACCUGGAAUUAUUGGCCGACUUGGGGAUUUAGGUGGUAUUGACCAGCGUUAUGAUGUAGCUGUUUCUACUGCUUGUCCUAUGUUGGACUACAUUUUAGUAGACACUCUUGAAACUGGUCAAAAAUGUAUAGACAGACUCAAAGUUGACAAAGUUGGCAGAGCCAACUUUAUAAUUCUAGAGAAACAACAACACUUCCAACACAAAGCUAAUAGUCCAAUGCAAACACCAGAAAAUGUGCCAAGGCUGUUUGAUUUGGUUCGGAUACGCAAUGAAAAUUACAAAACAGCCUUCUACUUUGCUUUGAGAGACACAUUAGUGGCACAAGAUCUUGACCAGGCAUCCAGAAUUGCAUAUGGACGGGUCAGACAUCGAGUUGUUACUCUUGUUGGAGAAGUAAUUGAAACGUCGGGCACAAUGUCUGGUGGUGGGAGGUCCCAGAUUCGGGGGAAAAUGGGAAAUGAUUCAAGAUCAGAUGUUGUCAUGUCAGAUGGUGAACUCAGAGACAUGGAAAGCAAAGUUGAAAGACUACAAAACCGUGAAAAUGAAUUGCUCAGUAAAAUAGCAGAGCUAGAAAACAAAGUCAAAAACCAUACUAGGCAAAUUGCUAAUGACAGAGACUCCCUUGAAUUGAAAUCACUAGAGCUACAAACUUUAACAAAACAUUUGCCAGAAAUGGAAGACAUGAUGAAAAAACAAGAAAAGAUAGUGAAGGAAUCUGUCUCUGAUGCAAAGCAAGUAAAGACUCUGGAAGCCAAAAUAGUAGCAAUAGAAAAAGAACUUAAGAAAGCAGAAGAAGCAGAGGGGAAGGUCUCUAAAGAAGUGCAGUCAAUUACUAAUGAGAUAGAGAAGCUAACAAGUGGUCGAGUGCGCAACGCACAGAAAAAAUUGGAUGAUGUUUCAACUCAACUGAAUAAAGUUCGUUCUGAGAUUACUCGCCUUGGAGUAGCAAUUAAGACAGCAGAAAGGAAUGCCAAAAAAUCCAAGGAUAAGAUCAAGAACCUCACAAAAGAAAUAGAGGAUAUGAAAGAGAGUCUGGCAAACAUGGUCUCAGAUAAAAACAAAAUAACAGAGGAAGGUGCAGAAGUUUGCAAAAUGUUGGAGGCCAUCAAUGAUGGUCUUCGUGAGAAACUUGACCAGAUGAAGGGGUUUAAAGACGAAUUAGAUGAAAUUCGCAAAAGAGAGACCCAGCUCUCAAGCAAGAAAAUGGAUGAAGAUCAGACUCUUAAAGCUGUUGAGCAGCGUAUGAAAGAUAAAAAAGCGGCCAUUGGAUUCACAAAGAAUAAGAUGGUGAAGUUAGCAUUACAUGUAAUUCCUGGAUCCGACAAGCGUGAUGAAUUUGUUACGAAAACGCCAGAGGAAUUAGAUGAAUUGGAUGCAGAUAAUUUACAGUAUGAAGUUGCAAGAUUGGAAGGUAUCAUUACCAAAAAUAAACCAAAUAUGGGUGUUAUUGAAGAAUAUAAUAGAAAGGAAGCCCAAUAUCUGCAGCGGGUUAGUGAGCUGGAGGCCAUCACUGCUAAAAGGAAUGAAAUCCGAGCACACCAUGAAGAGGCAAGGAAGAAGAGGUCUAAUGAAUUUAUGGCUGGCUUUACAACCAUAACUGGAAAGUUAAAGGAGAUGUACCAAAUGAUAACACUUGGAGGUGAUGCUGAGUUAGAACUGUGUGAUACUCUCGACCCAUUUUCUGAAGGCAUUGUUUUCAGUGUUCGUCCACCAAAGAAGUCAUGGAAGAAUAUUUCAAACUUAUCUGGUGGUGAAAAAACAUUGUCAUCUUUAGCUCUUGUGUUUGCACUUCAUUAUUACAAACCCACUCCUCUGUAUGUGAUGGACGAAAUUGAUGCAGCUCUUGAUUUUAAAAAUGUAUCAAUUGUUGCAAACUAUAUAAAGGAGAGAACAAAAAAUGCCCAAUUCAUUAUCAUUUCCCUACGUUCAAACAUGUUUGAGCUGGCUGACACACUUGUUGGCAUCUUUAAAACCUUCAACUGCACCAAAACGGUCACACUGAAUCCUAAGUUCUAUGGUAUCAUUGAUCCAGGCCGGUUACUUUCAGCUCACGACAAUGAAAAGACACCCCCAAGAAAAGGAACAGUUGUUUCUCCUGACUCCUCUGGGAGGGCAGGUCACGUACAACCUAUCUCCCCAGUAUUACCCGAUCCUAGUGUGUCAGGAUCUCCAAUUUUGGGAGAAAGGGACAAUCUUGUGUCAACUGUUUCAUAACUUUAGUUAUUAAAUGUGACUGUUUAUACAAACUGUAGAUUUUGUACUUCUUGAUAAUAUUUUUUUAUUCUCUUCAUAUUUACAUUGUUAAUAUUAUUCUAAAACAAAUGGUAUUUGUAAGUUUUAAAGUGACCAUUUAUUAUAUGCAUUUUAUUCUUGUAUUUCUUUUCUGACUAAUUAAAAAUAGUGAAAUGUAGAUUCUUUUUUAAGUCAA